AUGUGGAACCAUUAGGGAUAAAAAUAUUUUUUUAUUUAAUAUUUUAAGCAUUCAAAUAAAUAUAACAUAAAUUUAACUGCAUGUUCAUAUGUGGUGAAAAUAACCCGGUGUUGUGGGUCUUCCUUGGGUCAGCUUGAGAUGAGAGUCCUGGUGUUGGUGCUGGUGGUCGCUGCAGCUGUGAGUGUGAGCGGCCGCGCACAGGACUAUGAGGACAAUGACUUUGCUGAGUUUGAGGUGUUUGAGGAGGAGGAGGAAGUGAUGGAGGAUGAUGAUGACCAGGGAAGUGAAGACCCCAGUCCUCGAGGCGGUGGUGUAGCAGGAGGUGGAGGGGGAGGGGGAGGUGGUGGUGGUGUAGGGGCAGGAGUGAGAUCAAGCAUGGAAGGCCAAGCAGGAGCAGCAGAGGCAGAAGUGGAGGAGGAUGAAGAAGCUGUUGUAGAGGAUGAAGAUGAGAAUGAUGAGUUUAGUCACUUCCAUGAUGAAGAGGAAUUCAUCGGGUUUGACAGUGAACGGCCACAGGGAGCACGCAUGCCCAAGACACAGGAGGAGCCCAAGAUCACCAUUGCUAAUGUUCCUCUUCACCUGCGGAGCAACUGGGACAGCUUCUAUCUAGAGAUGCUGAUGAUUGCUGGUCUGGUGGUCUACUUCAUCAACUUCAUUGUUGGCAAAUCCAAGAACCAGAAGUUGGCCAAUGCUUGGUUCACCUCCCACAAGAACCUCCUGGAGCAGAACUUUGCCCUUGUUGGGGAUGAUGGGAAGCAGGUGCCAGAGAGUGGAGGUCUGCAAAAGGAAUCUGAAAAUGUGUACACUCUUUGGUGCUCUGGCCGCACCAACAUGGAGGGCAUGCUGGUGGAACUCAAGUUUAUCAAGAGGCAAGACAUGAUAGGAGUGGUGUCCCAGCUCAUCCGUCCCUCCAGUGAUCAGCUGCUGGUCAAAGUUCACCUGGAUGAAAUGGAUUCCUUUGUGUUUGCUCUGGCCACCAAGAAGACAGCUGCCAGACUUUCAAAAGAGAUGACAGACAUUAGCACCUUCUGUCCUGAGAAGAAAUCAGCAGACAAGUUUGGGUUUGGCUCCCAGUAUGUGUUAAUGAAUGAGCUUGGAGAGGUGGCGUCCACAGUGCUGGGAGACCCCAAAGUGACGGCUGUGCUCAACAAGUUCUCUGGAAUGGUUGAUUUCUUGCACUUCUCUGACCAAUACUCAGGACCAAAGCAACCAGAAGACACCCAGCCAACCAAGUUGCCGGAGGUACGUCGUGCUCUUGUUUUUGGCUUCAAUUUCCCUGGCCGUGGCAACCCAUCCUUGGAAGCCAUAGAGAGCAUGCGGCCACUCCUGCAGUUGGUGUUCCAUGUCACGGAUAAGCUGCGCCGCUUUAAGCUGAGCAAAGAGGGUAAGGCCAAGGCAGAGAAGAAUCGGUCACGAGUGGAGGAGGCAUUCCUAAAGGCAACUCAUGCAGCCCGUGCUGAGAUGGCACAGGCCAAGCGGGAGGAGCGGAAGCGCAUGGAGCGUGAGAAGAUGCUGGAGAUUGAUGACCCAGAUAAACAGAGGAAGUGGGAAGAGCGUGAGCAGCGACGGCAGAUGAAGAGGCGUGCCCCCAAGAUGAAGCAACUCAAGGCAUGAAGAGAUUGUCAGGAAUCUUCUACAGACUUCAUAGGAUGUUGGAAUUGGUGAUGCUAAAGAAGCAAAGCACUCGUUUAAGAGAUGCUCUGAUGGUGUUUCAUCACUAUUUAUUCCUAGUGUAUAGCUGUUGAAGAUGUCAAUCCAGAUUUGAGAUCUUAUUUGUAUCUUGUGAAGUAUAUAUGAGGUCAGUUUUGUCAUAUAUAUUAUCUUUUGCUUCUUUAUUCUUUAACCCUUUGCUUAUUAUUUUGUCACGUGUAAAACAGGAAGUUACUGUGUCCAUGAGAGAGAGAGAGAGAGAGAGAGAGAGAGAGAGAGAGAGAGAGAGAGAGAGAGAGAGAGAGAGAGAGAGAGAGAGAGAGAGAGAGAGAGAGAGAGAGAGAGAGAGAGAGAGAGAAUUCUGCACUCACCAAAAGGUGUAGAGUAAUUAAUUAAGAUUUAAAAUGUUAUUUAACUGAGUUAUAAUUUCUUUGCAAAACUGCAAUGUGAAUGAAGAGAAUAAUCCUUGUGCCCAUUUUAGUUAGUGAUGGGUAGUGGUUGCAUGUUUACCAAGGCCAGAAUCCUAGAAAUUUAAGAGAAUAUUACAUGUAUAGCUCCUCUUUAAUCAAUUUUUUAGUUCUGAGACAUGCUAAAGAAAUAAGCUGUCAGUACACUUGACAUGCAAGUACCUUUACCCAUUGUGGUAUUCUGAACAUUGCAUAUUUAACAACACUAGAUCUAAAAUACAAACUAGGAUGUAACAUUGGAAUACAAAUGAGAUAUGAGGCCAUCUGGCCCCCACCCCCAUCCCUAAAAAAAUAUGAAAGGUUCACCAUGUAAGUGGGUGUGGGACUCAUCAGUACUGGAACAUAUUUAUUAGGUGUAACAUUUGUAUGUACAAGUGCCAGUAUAUGACAGAAAUUUGUAUAUGUGUUGAAAUUACACAAAAGAAAAAGGGUAGGCAUGUAAAAAAUUUGGUAACAUGGCAUUUGGGGAGCCACACACUUAUUGCAUCCAGGAUGACAAGGGAUAAAGACACUUUCUGCCAAGUGUACUUCCUACCACAAAGUACAUGUGGUAAAGACUGUAUCUGCACUCUUGAGCUGAUCUAUGUGUAGCUCAGUAGGCCUGGCAUCAGUCUGUAGUCAUGUAAUUGUCUGUCAGUUUUGUCUUCAGUAAGAUGUGGUGUAAAUACCAGCCUGUGAAUGCAGUCUUCAUGAAGCGAUCAGCCCAGGGGUGCACAGGUACUUAUACUCACUGCACAUAUGCUAUGGGGAGUUGUCUUGCAGAGCGGCGCAAGCCUUUGUGUGAGAUGUCACCUGUUGAUAAAGUUGUCUUCAUCCGUCACAAUGAAGCGUUCAGGGCCUGCCAGUAUUACAUGCACAUGUGAACACAAUCUGUCAGUGUGGUAAUGGCCUCUCAUUAUGAGUUGCUCCUCCCUGUGAUACAUGUAGGAAUAGCCCUAUCUGUAUGUUGGAGUUAAAUGUGGUUGCAUUUUCUAUGCUAGUGUCACAGUAGGAGUUAGGGAAGCAUUGUAGUAAUGAGUUUUUAUAUGAAUUCAAUAUGUGGACUUCAGUCAUUAUUACAUUGUAAGGAAGAUUUACCUGAAAAUUUGCAAAUAACUGUAUAUACUUUACAUUGAAGAAUAGGACCCAAAUUGCUAUUCUCUUGAAGCAAUAUCACACUUCUAUCAACACUUGAGUUGUUUACUAAAGGACUUGGAUAUAUUUUAUUGUAUUUGUCUAUGCAGUGUGUUUGUGCCUUGUGACUCUUUGUUAUCUGUGACUGUCAACACAUACACUGUGGACCAAGUGACCAAGAUUGAACAGUUUUGACCUAUGAGAGGGUAUACCUGGGUCACCCUGCAGCCUUGAACUCAUGAGUCACACAGCCCAAACCACACUGUAAGCAUCUACCUUGCUUGUGUACUCUCUUUUAUUUUUUCCCCCUCAGGGUGCCCUUGGAGAUUUUUAAAAAUGAGUACAUACACAAGAA